GUUCCAGCACGGGGACUAUGUUUUUCGCGCGUAGUGAGAUACGACACGAUGAGUUAUCACGUCCAGGAAGUAAAUGGAAAUCAGCACAAAUCGUCAUCAACAAAUAUGUCAGAAAGUGCGGGUAGAAAGGGGUGGUUCUCACGUUGAUAUCCCAUAAUGCCACCUAUAGUGGUGCUGGCGGACAUUAGUUCAAACCUCACGGAUGACAGCCUUAGCAUCGACUACCUCCUCCCCAAUGGUAUUCUCAUUCCAAUCAAAACAAGUUUCUACAAGCCGUUUGAAAUCAUCAAACAGGAGUUGUGGACUGAGGCAGAGAAGUUCCCCCUGUUCAAGUUGUUGAAGAGAUCGGACAACUACUGCUUUGUGUGUGUCAACAUCAAUGGAGAGCGGGAGGAAAUACUAGAUGAGAGCCAGUGCCUACAUGAUGUACGACCAUACAGCGCCUUCCUUAAGCUGGUGGAGAGAGAGGGUGACGAGCGACACAAGACCCUUGUCAGGAAUAUCAACAGUCUCAUUGGGAAAGAUCCGCAGAAUGUGGAGGCGUGGCAGUCGGCAGAAGUGGCAGACUUCCGGUCCACCAUGAGGCAGAUGUGUGAGAAGAUUGUUCAGGACAGGAAUGAUAAGGGAUGGUUCGAAGCAUUGAUGUACAAAUUCCCUCCACGUCUGCGGCCCAAGGUGGAUCUCCCCAGCAAGAUCACAGACAAACUCAAUAACAACAUCAUGGUGGAAGUCGUCAUUGAAGAGUCCAAGAGCACAUUCACGAUCCGUCUGCCCGGCUUGUGUAGACCUUCCGAACUGAUCCAGUUGGUGCUGGUGAAGCUGUCUCGCUCCGGGAACCUCGUAUAUGAGCCGGAACAGUAUCUCCUCAAGUCCUUCGGUAUAGAGGAAUACAUAUAUGGCGUGAAAUAUCCCCUCCAACAAUAUAAGUAUGUGUACCAGUGCCUUGUGAAGAACACGGCCCCCCAGUUUCUGUUGGUUGCCAGGGAAACUGUUAUAGAUCCGAAGCCGGCUGUCCCUCCUCGUAAAGGUAGCAUAGCAAACUACUCACAAAUAUCAACGGACCGUCGCGGAGAGGACCUCUGUGUGUGGGACUUGAAGGAGCGGUACUACUUCACUGUCCGAGGGAUAAACAAAGUCCAGCUCCCUGAUGGUGCCAAGGUGAAGCUGUUCAUGGGUCUGUACCACGGAAGCGAGGCUCUCUGUGGCAUCAAGACCACAGACGAGAUGAUCGUACAAGAGGGAGUGUGUAACAUGAAGCUCGAUGUGACCUUUGACAUCGCUGCCCGAGACCUCCCCCAGAUGGCUCGCGUCUGCUACACUCUGUGUGCGACAGGGAAGAAGAAGGAUCAAACAGCAGUUGCAUGGGUGAAUGUAGCUGUAUUUGAUUUCCGCUCACGGCUGACCCGAGGUGACCGGAAUCUCCCAAUGUGGCCAUGGACUGAUGAGAUGCAGACUGAGGAGUUCCUGUACCCCAUUGGGUCUGUCACUCCCAACGCACAGGGCAACGAGGCCACAACACUUCUCAUCAAGUUCCCCGACUUCAACAUGAAGAACAACAUUCGCUACCCAGCAUUUGACAAGACUGAUCCCAGACACAUUUCACGGGUGCUUGAAUGUGCUGCCAAGAACAUGGAGCCGAGUGGAGCCCCUGGAUCCGCUAUGAUGAAAGUGAGCAAGUCCCACCUGGAGCAGCUGAUGAUGAUUGUCCAGAGGGACUCCCUCAUCCCGUUGUUUGAACAAGACAAGGAGCUUCUGUGGAUGAUGAGGUACGAGUGUUGCCACAAGUUUCCCCACGCUCUACCCAAGGUGCUCAGCUCCGUCAAGUGGAACAGUCACAUCGAUGUGGCCAAGAUGAUCGCAGUGCUGCAGACCUGGCCACAACUGGAUGUGGACUAUGCACUUCAACUACUGGACUUCAAUUACCCAGACAAGAACAUACGCAAGUUCGCUGUUAGUUGUCUGGAUAACACAGACACGUUCAGUGAUGAAGAGUUAUCCCGCUACCUGCUGCAGCUAGUGCAGGCGUUGAAGUACGAGACUCACCUGUGCUGCCCCCUGGUGGAGUUCCUGCUCACUAGAGCACUCGGCAACCAGCACAUCGGACAUCAACUCUUCUGGCUGCUCAAGUCGGAGAUGUACAACCCGUACGUGAGUGUACAGUACCGGCUCAUCCUGGAGGUGUACCUGGUGGCGAGCGGCGAGCAUAUGAUGGCGCUACACAAGCAGCAGGAAGCUCUCGGCAAACUCUGCGUCGUGAACGGGUUGAUCAAGAGUGAGCGAUACAACAUGGGUGAUCAGAAGUCCCAUGAGCAAGCCAAGAAGGACAUGCAGGCUGUACUCCAACAAAAGACCUACCAGGACAUCCUCUCCAACCUCUGCAGCCCUCUGUCCCCUCUCUUCAGGCUCAGAAGUCUAGACAUAGACAAGUGCAAGUUCAUGAAGUCGAAGAAGAGGCCUCUGUGGUUGGUGUGGAAGGAUGAAGCUGGUCAAGACAUGUCCCUUAUAUAUAAGAAUGGAGAUGAUCUGCGGCAGGACAUGUUGACACUGCAGAUGCUGGAGAUCAUGGACAACAUCUGGCAGUCAGAGGGCCUUGACCUUCGGAUGAACGUGUACCGUUGCCUAGCAACAGGACAAGAACAGGGUGUGAUCGAGGCAGUGGGUCAAUCUCAGACGAUUGCUAACAUACAAAAGUGGUUCAACAGAGGAGCCUUUGACAAGAAGGCAGUAUUUGAAUGGCUCAAGCACCAUCAUAAGACUCAGGAGUCACUGGACGAGGCAGUAGAGGAGUUCAUCCUGUCGUGUGCUGGGUACUGUGUCGCCACCUAUGUCCUGGGUAUCGGGGACAGACACAACGACAACAUUAUGCUCAAACAGUCUGGACAGUUAUUCCACAUUGAUUUUGGCCAUUUCUUGGGCAACUUCAAGAGCAAGUUUGGUGUGAAGCGAGAACGUGUUCCCUUCGUGCUCACGACACAUUUCGUCUAUGUCAUUCAGAAGGGCAAGAGCAACAACUCCGAGAACUUCAAAAGGUUCCAGAGUACCUGUGAGAAGGCGUAUCUGAUCCUCAGGAAGAAAGCUCCUCUCCUCUUCUCCCUCUUCCUCAUGAUGCUGUCGUCAGGGAUACCGCAGCUCACCUGCACCAAAGACGUAGACUAUCUGCGGGAAACUCUCAAACCAGAUCUCACCGACGAAGAAGCAAAGGCCCACUUCCAGACCAAGUUCCGAGAAGCUCUGGAAAAGAGUUGGACAACAAGCAUCAACUUUUAUAUUCAUCUCAUGGCCAACAACUAGAUGCAGAUUACUGACAGACAUGGUUCGGCAGUUGUGUUGUUCAUUCUUUGUAAGGAUACCAGUAUUACAGAGUUGCGAGUUCUUGGUGAUAAUGUUUACAGGAGGAAACAUGGUAUAUCGUGAUAUCAACAGAGACUUACCACCGGUUGCAGUUCUUCCAAAAAUAUUUUUGUCUUACUCACAAUAAGAUGCUGUAUCUUUUGAUAACGUCGACAACAAUAUCAUUGAUUUCAUCAAUCACAAGGUUUCAUUAGAUACUCAUUUCCCUGAUUACUGUAAAUCUUGAAAUUAACGCGAGCGUGAAUUAAAUGCGAAAAAUGAGAGUGGUCUUUGCUCGCAUUAUUAAACAUCGCAUUUAUAUCAACAAUAUGACAUUUUGGGUAGCAGAAAUACCA